ACACUAGGGAUAUGGGGCUUGGUGGUAGAGUGGUUGUAAGACUACUACGAUCAACUGGUUACUGGUACGGAUCCCCUCCGGAGCAUGGCAAGACUGGGCGAAGGAGAGGGGAAAGUGCCUGGGUAGGAUCGGCCAAGCAACAGGAAUAG